AUAUAAGGGUAGUCAUAAACAGGGAGGAUACAAGGUGCUUACACUAUUUGGAAUGAUGGGUACUAGUUAAAUCCUAGUUAGGCAGUGGUUUAACUCCCCCCACUACUACAAAAUGCGUGAAAUCUCGACGAUAUGACCUCGACGCUGAGGGAAAAUGCUGGUACAAAAUUUGAUUCUUCGUGGUUUGUCGAUGCUGAUCAUCGUCUACUCUUUUUCUCGACUUGGAUCAGCGUCGAGAUAUUUCCAGCACGUGACCUUGUCCAACUAAAAUCCACUUAUCUUUAGCCGCGUGUUCAAAAUUUGGGGGAAUGAAAAACCACCCCCACUAACUCUCAUUCUCAACCCUAACUGUUCAGUUCUCAUUUCUCUCUUCGCCGCUUUCAUCUCCUUCAUGGUUCUCAAGAAAGAUCAAAGAGAUUCAUCAAAUUAUAUAAUUUUCUUCAAAUUUCUACGGGUUUCAGGUGUAAAUUUCCAUCUUAUCAUGUAUGCUUCAUAUAUAUUUCAUUUGAAAAUGGAAGAUACUGAAUUUCAAGCGAGAUUUACCAUUAGUUAUGUGGCAAUUAGCUCUGGUUGAUCCCCUUGAUUAGCGAGAUGGAAAGUUGCUAUUCUAUCAUGGCGUUGGUUGUUGCCGAGACUUUGCUGAGUGCGGAUGAGCUGAAGAAGGAUGCCAAAUCCGAACAUUUUAAGGUAAGCCCCCUAUUACUGCAGAUUUGACUUGCGGAACGACUUAGACUUUUGGAAGCUCCUGCCGAUCCUAAACAUUAUCGCCCUAUAGCCUUGGGUAACCGAAAAUACUUGCACCAAGGCCAGGACGAGGCCGAAUGGACCUCCUUUUUUACUCAUGGCAUUUGUUCUAUUAAGUGGGUGGUACCAUGGUGGGGUUUGACUACUAUGACAGGGGGUUCUGAUGUAUCGGUUUAUGUUUCUUUGUUGGGGCUAUCUCGUCCCAUUUAUAUUUUCCCUUACCGAGUCAUGCGUCAAUAUGGUUUAAGGCAGACUAUCCCCUUUUCUGAUACGGUACCCCUAAGGUAGCGGCCUUUUCACAAACACGGGUCCUAGCGUGGGCCAAGUAUUAUGAUGGUCUCCCGCGUUGGGCCGUAGCUACAAAUGGCUUUGUGGGUCUUUCUGAAAACUACAAGUUGUGGAUGAGCUCCGAUGAUAAAGAUGUGAGGACCGAGGCUCGUAAUGGGGAGCCGGCUGAGCUUUUGAUACCUCGUAUUCGUGUUAAGUAUGAGGGUCCUGAUUCUUCCAGAUCUUGUACCUAUAGUAUUAAGACUGUGAAAGCUCGUCCUGAUCGAAAGCGAAAGGAAGUUCCUCCCCGUUCCAGUUUUAGGCCUAAAAAGAUGCCUAACAUGAAGGGGCCUGCUGUUGUUAAAAGAAAUGCAAGCUUUCGCGGAGAUCGUCGCCGGAACAAUGUAUGGGUUAAGAAGGCUCAGCCGCCUGUAGAAACAGUGGCUAGUCUAGUUGAUGAUAAUAAUCCUUCUCCCACCAUUGUCUGUGCCCUUGAGGCCGAGCGGGCUAUAACUAAGAAUGUUUCUGAAGCCUUGGCAUCUUUGGAAGUCAGUGUCCAGGAGCCGGUUCUUAUGGAGAUUGACAUUGGGGCAGCGCAGAAGACCGUGGGGGUGGAUCCUGCGAACAUUGCUCUUUACAAGAUUUUAUUUGAUGAUCCGGAAAAACUAGAGUAAUGUAGUUCUUGCUAGGGUGUAGGUGCCUUCUUUUUAUUUCAGUUGUGUUUGUUUUUAUUCCUAGCACUUUGUUUUCCUUCUUAUUAUUUCUCAAUAAAGGCGUAUUUUUAUUUUUCAUUUUCA